AUGACCUCCUUGCUAGAUAAUCUAUCAAUUGCCUGGACAGGGGAUUUUGAUUCUUUAAGGAAAUUUACGAGUAACGAACUAAAGCUUGAUGGAAACUGGGAGCAGCCUGGCGGUGAUAAGAAAAUAUUUAACAGUGAAAAUAUCUCUAUUACAUGGCGGAAGGCCAAAAGCAUACUCAAUAUCAAAGGUGUAGAAGCGG